AGUGUGGGGCUGACUCAGUGGGAACAUGGCGGAGUUGUCUGCGGCAGCGCCACAGUUCCAGCCGCUGCCGACCCCCGGCUGCCCGGAGCCGGAGGGAAACGGCGAGGCGUGCGGCGCCCCCGAGCCCGACCCCGUCAUCUACUUCAUCAGGAAAGCUCCCGGAGCCGACCCGCUCCCCCCCGGGCCCGCGGAACACCUCCAGCUGCUCUGGCCACCGCCACCGCCACCGCCGCCACCGCCCGCCUGCGGCUCCCCCACGGCAACCGCCACUGACAGGCCCCGGACACACCAACUCUGUUGGGAGGAUUUAACAGUGUGGGUGGAUCAAUUGCAAAUGCUUGAUGAUACUGAAGAUCCUAAGGAUCCCAUUGCAAUUGAACGACUCAAUUUAAUGAAUAUGGCAAAGCUGAGUAUUAAGGGUCUUAUUGAAUCUGCUUUGAACUUGGGACGGUCCUUGGAUUCAGACUAUGCUCCUCUUCAGCAAUUCUUUGUGGUAAUGGAACACUGUCUCAAACAUGGCCUUAAAGCUAAGAAAACAUUCCUUGGACAGAACAAGUCAUUCUGGGGCCCAUUAGAGCUGGUGGAGAAGCUGUGCCCUGAAGCGGGUGAAAUUACAGUCAGUGUUAAGGACCUCCCAGGUCUUAAGACCCCAGUUGGAAGAGGAAGAGCAUGGCUUCGCUUAGCAUUGAUGCAAAAGAAACUCUCAGAUUAUAUGAAAGCGUUGAUUAAUAGAAAGGAUCUUAUGAGUGAAUUUUAUGAAGCAAACGCUUUGAUGAUGGAAGAGGAAGGUGCCGUCAUCGCUGGUCUCUUGGUUGGGCUCAACGUCAUUGAUGUGAAUCUGUGCAUGAAGGGCGAGGACCUUGAUACUCAGGUUGGUGUGAUCGAUUUCUCUCUUUACUUGAAAGAUGGCGGUCACAGCAGUAAAAGCAAUGAAGGGGAUGGACAAAUUACUGCCAUCCUGGACCAAAAAAACUAUGUGGAAGAACUUAACAGACAUCUAAGUGCUACUGUCAAUAACCUACAGGCAAAAGUGGACGCAUUAGAAAAAUCGAAUACAAAAUUGACUGAAGAGCUUGCAGUGGCAAACAACAGGAUCAUCACUUUACAGGAAGAGACCGAGCGAAUAAAGCAAGACAAUGUUUACUACUUGGAAUCCACUCGAAAGAAGAUGGAGGUGUCUAAGCAAGAUGGAAAUGCAGAGGGCAAUUUCCACAGACAGUCCCACCAGGAUGAUAUGUACAAUGAGGCCCGGAAACAGCUCAAAGAAGAAACUCAGCUAAGACUAGAUGUUGAGAAAGAGUUGGAGCUGCAGAUUGGUAUGAAGCAGGAAAUGGAGCUGGCCAUGAAAAUGCUGGAGAAGGACAUCUGUGAGAAGCAAGAUGUUCUUGUAACGCUUAGACACCAGUUGGAUGAUGUUCGGUCUCUCAAACAUGAUCUGUCCCAAAAGGUUCAGGGUUCUGAUAGUGUGGUCAGACAGAAGAAUGAAAUCAUUGCUCGUUUGGAAGAGAAGACUAACCAGAUGGGUUCUACCAUUAAGCAACUGGAGCAAAGAUUGCGACAGGUGGGGGAAAACUGGCAUUCAGCUGAGGACGCCAAUCGGCACUUCAAGCAGGAGUUUGGUGAUAAGAUUGAGAGCCUACAACUACAGGUGGAGCAACUGACAAAGGAGCGUUCCCAGUGGGAAAUGGUUUUGAAGGAACGAAAACAGAACUUGCACAACGAUCCCCAUCGAGACAAGAAUACAGGAGCACAUUAUCCGAAGCUUGUCGUAGAUAUGAAGAAGGAAUUACAACAGCUCCAAGAAGAAAAUGCUAAAUUACGGAAAGGACCAGAAUGUAAACCUCCAAAUGUAAGCCCACACCAAUGCAGAUCUGCUGAAGAAAUCAAAGUAGAAAUGGAAUCUGAUCAGUCAUUGGAAAGCAGUGAGAAUACAGCAGUGAAUAUAGUUUGCAAUCUCUGCCAAGACGAAGCCUCUGUCACAAAGCCCAAGAAUCGAUGCCACAACUGUCAGGAGAUGUUUUGCAAUACAUGUAGCGCCAAUGAGUUGCCACUUCCAUCCUCAAUCAAGCCUGAACGUGUGUGUAAUCCUUGUCACACACUGUUAUUGGAGCAGUAUUCCACAACUCCACCCUGAGACAGACUGGAACUACCUGACCAGUGAACCAUCCAUUUAUUAUGCUGUGAAGCAUUUUGAAAAAAACAGUGAAUACCUCUUAUUGCCUUUGAUUGUAUGAAAGAAUGUGAAACUGCACAAUGUUUCCAAAAAUGCACACUUUUUAAAAGUAUUCCUUAACAUCUUGUAUUAAAGGGACUUGAGCCUCCACUCCUUCAUAUUCGAUGUAAGGUUGUACUUUCAACAAGACAAUCUUUUAGCACACCAAUUAUUGUAUGUUAUUAGUAACAGAAGUAAAAGUGCAUGCCAUUGCCUUACUUGGCAACAAAAGUAUGUUUCUGUACAGCCCUCCGAAAAGGCUCUAAAUAUGCUGUUGGAAUCUAUAGCAGUCUUUUGAAAUCAGAAAUGUUUUAUAAAAUGUUGUAUUGCAUAGGUAAGUAUUCAAUUCUUGAGGUGAGGUUGAAUUAAAAUAGUGUUUUAAAAGUAAGGUUAAACAAUUUCACAUCACACGGGACUCCCUGCACCCUAAAAUCCAGGCAUAUUGCACUGAACUGCACAUUUUAAGGCUGGGAUAAUCUUUGCUUCUGCAGUGAAUCAAACAUUUAACAUUCAGUAACUGGAUCUUAUUGGGACUUUUUAACUUAAUUGUAAGACAGGAUUUUUUUUCACAGACCUCAAUCGAUUGUGGACUGAAGGAAGCAGAGCUACUGGAAAAUUAAGCACAGGCCACGUAUUUUUGUCACUCAUGUCUAUCACUGUAGAUUUAAAUGAGCCAAUUUCAGGGUUAUUUCUAUAACACAGUUUGUGCGACAAUAAAUGAGUUAAAAUCUAUGGUUCAAAAUGGACCAAGAGCACAAGGCAUUUUUAGGGUAAAUGUUUUACUGUUUUUGUUUGUUGUGGAUCAUUACUGUUUAAAUGUGUGCCUUACGUCAAUUGAAUUUUCAUGUUUGUCAUUGAUUUCGCAGGACUUUAUAUCAUUAUUCAUUAUCUUUACCUAACCAGGUUCAGAAUAUAUUUUUCCUGAUUCAUUUGCACAAGCAUUGUUAAUAGGCUUUUCAAUGAAAUAUUUUGACAAUUUUUUUUAAAACAGGAGAUUAUUUCAGUUUGGUCUAUAAUUUCAGAUCAACUGAUGCAUCGUACUGUGGCCCAGAAUGAGAUUGUUUUGUGAAGCUGAGCUUCCUGUGGGCCUGGUAUAGAUCAAUGUCUGGGUUGACUAGAUUGUAACUUAAGAUGUAUUUGUUUGUAUCUGUUAUACCAUUUGAAUAAAAAAAUGUCAUGCAAACAAA